CCAAUUUGAUCAGUAGUUGUGGUAUCGACAUUGAAAAUGAUACCCAGAAAGUUUUAUUUUAAUUUACUAUUAAUAUUUGUGAAUAUUACUACAAUAUCAUGUCAGAAAAAAACCAGUUUAGCAUUUGUUAUAGACGAUACGUAUUCUAUGACCCAAGAAAUAAAACAAGUACAGGAAGGAGCUCGGCAAAUUUUGAACGUAAUUCUUAGUAAACGGUCCAGCCAAAUCGAGAAUUUGAUACAUGUCUCGCUUAAUGAUCCAGACGUAUUGGUUAAGACAGUGACCACCGAUCGUUAUCGCUUCGAGGCUUCACUUGAUUCAAUCAAAGUACAUGGAAAUAAAAAUUUAGAUUGGAUCGAACCAUCCAUGAAAGCAACAAAGCUUGCUCUAGAAGAGUGUUUGCCGGGUUCAGACGUAUACGUAUUCACAGACUCGCCGGCGAAAGACUACGAAUUAUACGAUGAUAUUGUUAGUCUUUGUCAAAAGAAACAGAUCCAGGUGGUGUUUGUCUUAACUGAAGAUUUUUCUAAUUAUUAUUACAACAAAGGAGUACAAGUAUUUUUCAAAAUAGCCCAGGCAUGUUCGGGGCAAGCGUUUGUAAUAGAAAAGAAUGAAGUUUCAAAGAUUCCCAUAUAUAUUUCUGAGACUGUUAAGGGUACGAAGAAUACGAUUACAUCCAAACAAAUAGAACCAAAUAAAUGGACGGACAUUAAAUUUACAAUUGAUGAUAAAACUGAGUACGCUCUAGUGUCUACGUCUGGAAAAAAAGUGCAUUUACAAGUAAAUGGUCCAAACAUCAUAUCAGAACAUAAUGUAUGGACAUUAAAUGUUAAGGUGUUAAAGUUGAUAAACCCCAGCGCGGGUGAAUACAUUGCGCGUGUGUGGUCAAGUCAAUAUGCGUCUGUAUAUGUUUUCGGUCGAACUGACUUCACAUUUAUCCAUGGAUUUUCUGAAUUAAUACCAAAGUCACUAAAGGAUACAAUUGCACAGCCCAUUACUGGUACAAAAAGUCACUUAACUGUAUCUGUUACUGAUCCUAAUCGUAACGUAAUAAUAAAAAUACAGAUACUAGAUAUGAAUGAAAAUAUAAUUAAAGAAAUACCACUUAACAAAAUCAGUAGAGAUAUGUACACAACCGAUGCUUUGCUUUGGCCUACAUCACGGUUUAAGGUUGCGAUAAUAGGUAGAAGCAUUCAAACAGGCAAAUCCAUUAGAAGAAUAGCGAACACACCCGUAGAACCACAGAAACCUAAGCUUCCAGAUAAUAAAGUUCCAGUAGCAACAAUUAGUGAAGGUGCAAAAACAACUGUGGAUUACAAUGGUUCGUUAGUGUUAACGUGUAGAGUCAGUGCGUAUCCAACACCGAACAUUGUAUGGAGGGAUAUUCGAGGGAACAAGCUAGUGUCACAGAGCUCCGCUGUUGAAUUACCCUAUAAUCAUAUUAGUUAUCUGCGACUGUCAAAUGUAAAGAAUCCUGGGAAAUAUUAUUGUUUAGCAACCAAUAACCAAGGGAAAAGCACAACGGAAAUCAUUUAUGUAAAUGUUACUUCACCCUUCACAAUCGAAGAGGAAGCCUUGGAAGGCUCAAAAAGAUUUGAAUACGGAAAAGAAGGAAUUCUGAAGUGCAAAGUGAGAUCAAAGUUACCAAUGAAAAUUAUAUGGAAACAUUAUGACAAAAUUACACAGAAAUUUAUCGAAGUGGUACCAAAAAAUGGAGUAUACUCUAUUUCUGAUGAUGAAACUGAACUGAAAAUAAUAUCAAUAGACCUUUAUCAAGAUGGACGUUACACCUGUACUCCUGUGCUGAAAGAUAACGGUUAUAAGGGACCAACUAUAACAAAAAAUGUUAUAAUUACGAACCUUAUUCGUCCUCUUCUUAACAACAAAGGUGGUAAAAUAGUAGUGAAACGGAAUGAGACAGUUGUGAUUUCCUGCAAAGUUCGCUUAGCAAACCCAAAACCGAAGAUUGAAUUAGUAUACAGAAAUAUAAAUUCGAAUAGCUAUAAAUUUGUAAAUUUAUCAUCGAGUGAAGAGUUAGUGAUUAAAAGAGCUGAUUUGAUUCAUGCUGGCCGAUAUAAGUGUACGGCUAUAAACGUCGCGGGCCACGAUGUUGCAGCAACCGAGUUGGUUGUUGAAGCUACACCGAAAAUUAUCAAUACAAAAACGAUGAUGCAAGCCGUUGAAGAUGAUCUCGUUUUAAAAAUACCAUGCACGGUCGAGGGAUACCCGAAACAUGUGGUCACAUGGAAAGUAAACGGUUUACAGAUAGCAACAGAUGGAAAAUUCGUUGUCAGUGAUGAUUAUCUUAUUAUUAAUAAGCCUAAUGUCAAUGACACCAACUACUAUACCUGCACGGCGACUAACAAGGAAGGCACAGAUCAGAAAGAGUUUAAUGUUGAAGUAACUCCCGAUCUAAAUUCCGAUGACACAUAUGGCAAAUGGCAUAAUGUAUUUUUAUUAGAAAAUAAACCAAUGAAUUUGAGUUGCUCGCUACCAAUAUCUCAUACAGACACUGUCAGGUGGUUUCUGGAUGGUUCUCCAACGAAUUUUACUGGAAAGUAUUUAUAUUUAAAUAAUACUACUGUUUUUAAUGAUGGUAAUUAUACAUGCCGAGUGAGUAACAAGCGGGGUUCCGUAUCGCAGACAUACAUAGUGGAUUUCGGAUAUCCACCCACUUUUGAACAAGAUGAAGCCGCUUCCCCUGUGUUUAUUAACUGGAAUGGUGAUGACAUAAUGAUUUACUGUGAUGUAAAUGCUAAACCUAAUGUUACGGUAGAAUGGAUAUAUAAUGGGAAGAUAAUACCAGGAUCUAUGUCUCUAGAGCAGCCCGUGUUAGGCUGGGGAGACUAUAAAUGUCGUGUGAGUAACGUGCACGGCAGUGUAGAAAAGAACAUCAAAGUAACGUCUCAAGAUUGUUUGAUUAAUAGAAAUAAUAAAAAGGGACCAGUAAUUAUUACCGAUACGUCGACGUUAUCUAAUUUUGGUGAAUUAAAGAAUUAUUUGCAAGUAAGCAGCGGACAAAAACUGCUAUUAUCUUGUAAUAAUAAUACCAAGAGAAACAAUAACUUUGAAAAUUUUAUAAACCAGAGCGUAGUUACAGUUGUAUGUGAUCAUAAAGACAUUUUUCUAAUAGAUGACAGAUAUUAUACCACUUCAAAUUUGCAAUGUCAUAAUCCGGUUCUUCCCACUAUACAGAAAAAUGGUGAAAAAUGCUAUAAUAAAAAUAGUGAAUUAAUUCACGUUGGAUUUGAAGUGAAUGGUUUCAUUGAUGUAUUUAAUGUUUGCUUCGAUACAAUAAACAAUAUACCUCUAUAUACAAGAGUAGCAAUAACCGAAGGAAAUGUUAAUGAUAACGCACAAAUAAAUUGGUUUAAUAAUAUUGAGCUACAAAAUAGUCCGUUUGAUUCCACGUAUAACUGCGUGGGUAAUAAGACAUGUUGCUAUGCUAAAAGACAGUUAGUUAACAGAAACGACGUUGUACAAGGACCGGCCCAAGUAGCUACCUUCAUGACGCAAGUGAAUGCAGUCCCAGUUUGGGUUCCUUGUAAUAAAAAGGAUGCAUGGUCCAUAAUUGAAAAUGUUGUCAGAAAUUAUGGUGCAUAUGAUCCUGUCACAAUCUGGUCAGGAGCAAGCAAAGUGGAGAAUUAUAAUGGAAAACUCGUACCGAGAUAUCUCUGGAAGGUGGUGAAAUUCGAAGACGACGACGUCAAAGUAAUUGUUCAUGUGAAUCACCCCUCGCCAGUUGUAUCUGAUAUUCUCUGUGAGAAUACCUGCAGAGAGCUCAACUGGAUGCAGCAGAUUUCCAACCAGUUUACUUACUGUUGCAGUAUAAACAAUUUCAUAGAGAAAUUUGAGAUAAACUCUAAUAUAUUUUUACUCAAUGUAUAACAAUUUCUUAAUAAACGUGAAUUAAUACGAUAAUUUGGGUAUACCAUGAUAAUUUACUGGAGUUAUCUUAAUGUUUUGAUCAAGUUUAGUGCUUGAGGUUACAUGUAGACUGAUGUAGCGCUGUGUUGCCUCCGCUUACCAGACAGAAGCUUUUUCUUCAUUAGACUCAUUGUCGCACAUCACACAAAUUGUUUCUCUAUAUCGAGAGUUUUUGCAUUCAACAUUUUAUUUUUAUUCGACAUAUUUGCCGACUGUAUACUAUAACGAAGUAAUGUAAAUUAAUCGCGAAAAUUCUUGUCUCUUCUAAACCAUAAACCAUGCAAUGCGAAAAAGUAGUGUAAUUAAAGUUGUACGUUUCUUCUUAUUAAUGCAUCGAAUUUAUAUUUUAUGUACCUACUGUAAGAAAAAAUAAUUUUUGAAUUUUCAGUUUAUAUUUUUUACGUCAUAUGAUGUUUGCUUUUACAAUAUUGUAUAUUUUGAACUACGGUAAUAUGUAUUUUGAUAAAGAUAUUAAUUAAAUUAUUUUAUUAAUCA